AACGUACUCCCAUAAAAUUAUCAUGUGUUUCUAAAGGGCGCUAGUCUGGUAAAACCAGUUCAGCAUAAGCUUUCAGCAACCUUUUAACGGCAUCCCAGCUCUUAUUGUCAUAAAGUACACGUAGCAACUUCUCGACUUGUGGUACUAACGGAACAUAGAGUUGAUGGCCUCUGAUAGCUCAACGCUGCUCGAUUUGUCGAUGCAGCAGGUGUCUACCCAGAAGUACUCCAGACUGUCGCGCUUUGCUUGUUGUUCACAGAACAGAAUCUUUCUAUUUGCCAGUACCGUUCGCUAUGUCCUGGUAGUUGACUUCCUCAUUGUCUGGACCCCAAGCACGUGAAAGAAUGGCGAAUGGCGGAAGGCUGUUGUUCAGAAACUCGCUGAGGUGGAGGGUGCCAUUAUAGCGAAGCUGUAAGAGCCGCAUUGCCUGCAAGCAUGUCCAGCAAUGAGCCGGGAAAUCAGUUGUGGUUCAUGGGAUGGUGUAAGGGAGGAGAAGGAAACGAGAGGUCGCAGCAAAUGAAAGAUGGCCAUUGUGGCGGAGUAUAGUGGCGCAGGCUAAUGCAGCUAGGC